AUGGCUUAUAACUCGAAAGUAGAGGCGUACUUCAAGGAAAAAGAAGAAAAAAAGAUCGACUCGACUGAUUUCGCAAAGCUCGACACGGACGGCGACGGGCUCAUCACUAAGGAGGAGGCCCAGAAGGACUCACAGCUCGCGCAAGAGUUCGACAGCCUAGACAAGGACAAGGACGGCCGCCUCAACAUCGAGGAGAUAAGGCAACACUUCCGCACCCGGCGGCAGAAGAGGUUGCAGGCACAGCAAUCGUUGGGGGACGAGCCCGACGAUGGCCCCACGCCCCUCUUCCCUGAUGCGGGCGCAGGCGGGAGGCAGUGGGCGUAUGCCAUCAUCGCUUUGCCGAUCAACCUGUUCCUAAGGAUCAUACCCGACGUCCGCACGAAGAACGAGAAAGGCGAGCCCGGCUGCCAGAAGAGCUUGUACCCGAUCACGUUCAUCCUCUCCAUCUGCGCGGUCGCCCUGUUCAGUUGGCUGAUGGUGGAGUGCUCGGAGGUCGUCGCCGACUGGACGGGGGGCGACCCGCGCGUCUUGGCGAUCACCAUUCUCGCCGGCGGCACCUCGGUGCCGGACCUGCUGACGUCCGUGAUCGUGACGGUGCAGGGGCACGGCGACAUGGCGAUCUCGUCGUCGAUCGGCUCCAACAUUUUCGACGUGACGGUGGGGGCACCCGUGCCGUGGCUGCUCUACUCUUGGUACCACGGCGGCGCGCCCGUGAGUGUCAAUAGCGAGCCAGGCACCAUGGCCGUCUGGAUAGGCUCCCUCGUCUGCAUGCUGGUGGCCGUGAUACUGAGCAUCAAGUGCAACGGGUGGGUGUUGAACAAGGCGCUCGGCUUCAUCAUGUUGGUGCUCUACUGCGUGUUCUUGGCCGUAGCCUGCUACAUGGUUGUGCAGGAGUAG